AUGAAAAAUCAAUUACUUAUAAUUUUUGAAAUUACCCUUCUUAUUUUAACUUUUGCUUCAGGUUCCUCUUCCGGAAUCCAUGAAUCUAAAAUAGAAUAUCUAGAAACAAAUGAUGCGGCAAGUAUCCAGAGUAAUUCAUCUACUACAGGUAAAUUAUUUGAUAGAUUUGUCAUAAUAUGGUUGGAAAAUACCAAUGAAAAGGCUGCCUCAUCUAAUGCUGACUUACAUUGGUUAUCUGAGCGUGGUGUAACUUUAACAAAUUAUUGGGCAUUGACUCAUCCUUCGGAACCAAACUACAUUGCUUCAGUAGGUGGUGAUACUUUUGGAUUGGAUAAAGAUUCAUUUGUAGUACUUCCUAGUAUUGUUUCUAGUGUAGCAGAUUUGUUGGAAGAGGGUGGCAUUACAUGGGGGGAAUAUCAAGAAGAUCUUCCGUAUUCUGGAUUUGAAGGGUUUGCCUUUUCAAAACAUGGAAAUUCUAAUAGUUAUGUUAGGAAACAUAAUCCUUUAAUAUCAUAUGGCUCAAUUACAAAUAAUUCAUCAAGACUAUCAAAAAUCAAGAACUUUACAGAAUUUUAUAACGAUUUAAACCAGCAUUCUUUACCUCAAUGGAUGUUUAUUACACCCAAUAUGACUAAUGAUGGUCAUGAUACAAACAUAGCAUUUCCGGAAAUGGUGCAAAAGAUUCUUGGAACCAAUACUUGA